GUGGCGGCGCGCCGGCGCGCCGGCGUGCGGCGCGUGCGGCUGGGCCCUUUGGUCGGGGUUGUCGAGGUCGCGCAGAGCUGUGGGCUCUGCCCUCUUUGACAGCACCCCAGUGCGAACAGCUGUCGCCAUGUCGUCGGUGAGCCCCAUCCAGAUCCCCGGACGCCUCCCGCUGCUGCUCACCAACGAGGGCGUGCUACUGCCCGGCUCCACCAUGCGCACCGGCGUAGACUCGGCUCGCAACCUGCAGCUGGUGCGGAGCCGCCUGCUUAAGGGCACGUCUCUGCAGAGCACCAUCCUGGGGGUGAUCCCCAAUACGCCCGACCCCGCCAGCGACGCGCAGGACCUGCCGCCGCUGCACAGGAUUGGGACGGCUGCCCUGGCGGUUCAGGUUGUAGGCAGUAACUGGCCCAAGCCUCACUAUACUUUGCUGAUUACAGGCCUGUGCCGUUUCCAGAUUGUACAGGUCUUAAAAGAGAAGCCAUAUCCCGUUGCUGAAGUGGAACAGUUGGACCGGCUUGAGGAAUUUCCCAACACCUGUAAAACUAGGGAGGAGCUAGGAGAACUAUCAGAACAGUUUUACAAAUAUGCAGUACAAUUGGUUGAAAUGUUAGAUAUGUCUGUCCCUGCAGUUGCUAAAUUGAGACGCCUUUUAGAUAGUCUUCCAAGAGAAGCUUUACCAGACAUUCUGACUUCAAUUAUCCGAACAAGCAACAAAGAGAAGCUCCAGAUUUUAGAUGCAGUGAGUCUAGAGGAACGGUUCAAGAUGACCAUACCGCUACUCGUCAGACAAAUUGAAGGCCUGAAAUUGCUUCAGAAAACCAGAAAACACAAGCAAGAUGAUGAUAAGCGGGUUAUAGCAAUACGUCCUAUUAGGAGGAUUACACACAUCCCAGGAGCUUUAGAAGAUGAUGAUGAGGAUGAAGACAAUGAUGACAUCGUCAUGCUAGAGAGAAAAAUACGAACAUCCAGUAUGCCAGAGCAGGCCCAUAAGGUCUGUGUCAAAGAGAUAAAAAGACUCAAAAAAAUGCCUCAGUCAAUGCCAGAAUAUGCUCUGACUAGAAAUUAUUUAGAACUUAUGGUGGAACUUCCUUGGAACAAAAGUACAACUGACCGUCUGGACAUUCGAGCAGCCCGGAUUCUUCUGGAUAAUGAUCAUUAUGCUAUGGAAAAACUGAAGAAAAGAGUGCUGGAAUACUUGGCUGUCAGACAGCUGAAGAACAACCUGAAGGGCCCUAUUCUAUGCUUCGUUGGCCCCCCUGGAGUUGGUAAAACAAGUGUGGGAAGAUCAGUGGCUAAAACUCUUGGUCGAGAGUUCCACAGGAUUGCACUUGGAGGAGUGUGUGAUCAGUCUGACAUUCGAGGACACAGGCGGACCUAUGUCGGCAGCAUGCCUGGACGUAUAAUCAAUGGCUUGAAGACUGUUGGAGUUAACAAUCCCGUGUUCCUAUUAGAUGAGGUGGACAAACUAGGAAAAAGUCUACAGGGUGAUCCCGCAGCAGCUCUGCUUGAGGUGUUGGAUCCUGAACAAAACCAUAACUUCACAGAUCAUUAUCUAAAUGUGGCCUUUGACCUUUCCCAAGUUCUUUUUAUAGCUACUGCCAAUACCACUGCAACUAUUCCACCUGCCUUGUUGGACAGAAUGGAGAUCAUUCAGGUCCCAGGGUAUACACAAGAGGAGAAGAUCGAGAUUGCCCACAGGCACUUGAUCCCAAAGCAACUGGAACAGCAUGGACUGACUCCUCAGCAGAUUCAGAUCCCACAGGUUACUACUCUUGACAUCAUCACCAGGUAUACCAGGGAGGCAGGGGUUCGAUCUCUGGACAGGAAGUUUGGGGCCAUUUGCCGAGCUGUUGCUGUGAAGGUGGCAGAAGGACAACAUAAAGAAGCCAAGUUGGACCGUUCUGAUGUGGCUGAGGGAGAAGGUUGCAGAGAACAGAUCUUAGAAGAUGCAAAACCUGAAUCUAUCAGUGACACUCCGGACUUAGCCCUACCACCUGAAAUGCCGAUUUUGAUUGAUUUCCAUGCUCUGAAAGACAUCCUUGGGCCCCCGAUGUAUGAAAUGGAGGUGUCGGAGCGGUUGAGUCAACCAGGAGUGGCAAUAGGUUUAGCUUGGACCCCCUUAGGUGGGGAAAUCAUGUUCGUGGAGGCAAGCCGAAUGGAUGGCGAAGGUCAGCUAACUCUGACUGGCCAGCUAGGGGACGUCAUGAAGGAGUCUGCCCAUCUUGCGAUCAGCUGGCUCCGCAGCAAUGCGAAGAAAUACCAUCUGACUAAUGCUUCUGGAAGUUUUGAUCUUCUUGACAACACAGACAUCCAUCUGCACUUCCCAGCUGGUGCUGUCACAAAAGAUGGACCAUCUGCUGGAGUUACCAUAGUAACCUGUCUCGCCUCGCUUUUUAGUGGGCGGCUGGUGCGUUCAGAUGUAGCCAUGACUGGAGAAAUCACACUGAGAGGUCUUGUUCUUCCACUGCUGGUAAACAUGUGAGCAAGACGCCCCUCCAGGAGUACAGAAAAGGUAAGGGAGACUUCCCGGUCAUGAGAAGUCAGGGUGCUCAUAGCCUUUCCCCCAGAAGCAAAUACGAUUUUUAACAGAGGCCCCUCCUGGGCACCUUCUGUUCCUACGCAUGUCCGAGUUCAAGUUUUCAAGAAGCGAAGGUAAGUGCCCUGCUCUAUAACACUCCAUUUCACUCUUCCGAAGCACCGGCCACCGCAGCAGCAGAGAAAUGAAGCCUCUCCCGUCCCAGCAGAAGUCGACCACACCUCCCUGCGAGCUCAAAUUCGCCUGCGUUUCCAAAAAUGGGCGCCAUCACUGAGCUGUCCUCCGCUGGGCCCUAAACCGUCAGUCUUGCAAGUCUGUCUUCCUCACAUUCGUUAGCUAGCCAGCUUGGGUGAAGGACGGGGCUGUAGAGUGCGAGGAGGCUGGAGUAAGCGCGCCCUCGGAGCCAGCUCUGGAGCUACGAUAGGGUCCGACCCGCCGGGAGAGCCACGCGGAGCCCAGGGCUGGGGCCUGGCCGCUGCUGGGCAAGCCUGCUCCAGCCCGCAGUGCCAGCCGGCCCCAGGCUCGCGGCGCAGCUAGCAUGGGGCGGGGCUGGCGGGGCGGGGCCUGCAGGGGCGGGGCUGACGCUGUGGGCACGCCUGCAAGCUCCGCCCUCCCAGCCCAGGACUGCCCCGGGGCAUUGCGCAGCGCACCUCCAACCCUACCCUUGACCCCCAGCAACACUGCGACCUCAGCAGUUCCACAAGCUUACAUUUAGAUUGAAACAUGCCUUUCUGUAGAACAAAACAGAUACUGGCAAUUUUGUAUGAUUUCAACCUAAGACCUACACAGGGUAUAUGGGACAUAUAUGGCCAGACAAGUGCUCUCCUCCUGGUUAACCAUGUGAACAUAGAGUAAAAGCAUUCUCCGCACUUCAUUCACUAUUUACCGGGCGUCAACUACCGUAUUUCCUCAGUUCUAACUCACUCCUCUACUUCUACCCCUGUUGGCACCAUACUUGCAACUCCUUCUCUCCCUUCGAAAAGAUUGCAGUGAGAGUAGUAAACACUACAUAACCAUAUUAAACUCCUUCAACCUCCAAACUGAGAUUAUACUCUCUUCCCACUCUGGGAAAACCAUCUUAAAUGGCCUCAUUAAACAGAGAAGCUUGUUGUGUUUUUAAAGAAGCAUUACCCGUGCCCCAAUAAAGUCUUGGGCCUCAGAUUUGCACUGCGUCAGGUAGUACACUCCGGGGUUUAACCUGUCAUUACAUCAUGCUUACAGGGCAGCCUUCACACGCAGCAGGAGCUGUAGUGGGAGUGAACUCUGUGCAGUAAGUUGCAGAUUACCCACUUUCCACAUCAAAUCUUAAUUCUAAUCACUUCCCAGCCCUCUUAAUAGUGUGUUCAAACACUUCAACCUCAUUUUAAUAUUAGGCUACACAAAACAUCAUUAGGAAUAGAAAUAUCAUUAAAAUUAGAUAAAGACUGUUCACUGACAAAUUAUUACUUAAAUUUUUAUUUUCUAAUAAAUAUUCAUUCUAGAAAGGUCUCAGGUUUCUAGGGCAGGAGACUCCAAAUGUUUUAGGCAGGGAAACUCUUUCCAAACAGUUAAAACUGAACCGAAAUGUAUAAAACAAGUCAAAGGGAAGGAAUGAUUCUGAGAAAAAAAAAAUCAUUUUUCCCAAACUUCCAAAGGAUCUGUUACAGAGACUUAUAGCACCAUCUGAAAACCAUUAACCUACACACAAACCUCUCAACAAGUGAGUCAGGACAAUAAAAGCGUAGGCAUUCUGGAGUCACCUACACACAGUUGGAUUCAAACCCAGUCUUCACCACCUGCUCAGCCAUAAAACUGGGACAGUAUUUCCAGCCUCACACAGAUUUUGUCUGGAUUAAGGGAGAUGGGUAAUUUAUGUAUAUCAUAGAUGGUACAUACUCCAAAAUAUAUAUUCACCCGACAUCUCCAAACUUUCUCGCCUUGCUUGAGGUCACCUACUAGUUAGUGGGUUCCAAAAGAUAGUUUAAAUGUGUGGGUUACAAAAGAUACUUUAAAUGUGUGGGUUCCAAAAGAUACUCUGGAGUUCGUAAAGGUGAUCAAACAUGUCUGCCAAAGAUCAACUGCCAUUUAACUAACCUUUAGCACAAUAAACCUUAAUAAAUUUCUCGACUAGGUAGAAUAUUUACACUGGUUUUACAAAGAGCUUAAAAUUUCACAAAAAUUAUAUUACACUAAGACAAGCCCAUUAAAAAAAAGUUAACAAAAAUCCAAAAUUUAGGAAGAAUGACCUAGUACCUAUACUUUCUAAAGCCUACAUCUCAAGCCCAGUUUGGUAUUAAUUUUGAGUAGACUUUAAUCUACAUCAAAACAUUUUAUAAUCAGCCUUCAAUGCCCUCAGUAAUUUCAGAGCAUUUAAUCAUUGCUUUGUCACAUUAACAUACUUAGAGUAAAAGUGGAUGGACUUAAACUUUUAUUCUUGAUUUCAUGUGGAAAACUUGGUUUCUUUUUAUAAAGGACUGAUGAACAAUUUCUGAUUAGUCAUACCUAAUACCUAGUAAUACACAACAACUAUUUUUUGAAGUUUACACAAUGUUACUAUGGCAGGCAAAUAAUGCCCCCCUCAAAGAUGUCUGCAUCCUUAACACCGGCCACUGAACCUGUGACAAUGUUAUGUUACAGCAGCAACAGGAAGCUAAUACAGUUACUUACAAAUAAAGGUUUAACAUGGAGAAAUGUACUCACACAUGCAAAAAAGGAUCACAGUGUAUUGUAGAGCAAGUUACAAACAACAUACAGAGGAGGUACAGCCUUGGGCAUGAUAUAGACGUAAUUUUUAGCAAUUUUUUUCUUCAAAGGGGACAAUAAAUAAACUGCUUUAUCAAGACUAGUCUGAUUGAGAGUUGUGAAAACAAGUGUCAAAGUAAGAAGUGAGGGCGCCUGGGUGGCUCAGUUGGUUAAGCAACUGCCUUCGGCUCAGGUCAUGAUCCUGGAGUCCCGGGAUCGAGUCCCGCAUAGGGCUCCCUGCUCGGCAGGUAGUCUGCUUCUCCCUCUGACCCUCCUCCCUCUCAUGCUCUCUGUCUCUCAUUCUCUCUCAAAUAAAUAAAUAAAAUAUUAAAAAAAAAAAAAGUAAGAAGUGAAAUUUGCAUUUUUAAUUUAGUAAAAAAGAUAGGAUGCAAAUAUCUCCAGCCUUCUUUUACUUCUCCAAAAAUUACUCCUAGAAAUGAUAUAAUAUUCACUGUAAAAUAAAGUAUAGGUUCAUAUUAUGAAUUUGUUCUAUUAGGAAUCAAUGGGUUAAAUAAACUCCAUCCAAAACAUUUAAGGGCUUUCAUCCUUUAAGUCCUUUUUGCAAAAGAAGUACUUUCUACAUUUGACAUUGUGAAGGGUAUUAUGCAGAAAAUGUUAUGUUAAAAAUCUAUUUUAAGAUUUACCUCUCACACACUGACAAAAUUAAAUUUAAUCCAAGUCUCCUUAAAAAUUUAACAGCUUAAAAUGCCAAAAGUUAAAAAAAAAAAAAUCAAACUUCAUUAUAAAACAAUAAUGCUAAGGAAAAAAAUUAAACAACCAUUUUUAAUUUCCAAAACUGUAGCAAAGUAAUAUGAUGAAUUUAAAUUGUAUGUAUUUUCCUAAAAUCUCUAUUUUCCUGAAGGUAAUUCUGAAAAUUCCGCUGCUAUAGAAGAAGAGUUACUUAUAUCUAGUAAGACUGGUGAUCUGAAAUGGAGAAAGCCCAGGACAAUAAUCUGGUAAAAUGAUCUGCUGUAAAAACAGAAGUCUGAACAAAGGUGACAGCCCAGUAAAUGGAAAGUGCAAACCCCAAUUCAAAUGUGUAAAGCAAUGUACAUUUGCCUUUUUACUGCAGAAAUCACUCUAUUUUGAGACUUCCACCCCAGUAAAAAAAAACAGCCUAUACUGAAUCAGAACCCACUAGACACUAUGCUAGAUACUGCAGUAUAGUAGCAGAUGAAAUGCAAAGUGGGAGUGAUCUAGAUGCCUGUGAGAGAUCUUGGCAGAAAAGCAGUUGAUGUAUAGGAGUUCAGAGCGCAGAGGAGGAGGCAUUAACACACAAUGCUAUCUGAAAUCACAGGGAAGAGGAGCACGCCUAAAAUAAAAGAAAUCCCAACAUUUAAAGAUUGAAGAGUUCACUGAUGAGAGGCAGUGGCCUAGACUGCAACAGUUCUCAAACUUUAUGGUGCCAACUAAUCAUCUAGGGAUCUUAUUGCAGGUUCUGUCUUAGAAUCAGAAUUAUUCUGAAGCUGGGCCUGAGAUUCUGCAUUUUCAACCGUAGGUGUGGCCAACUGCUGGCUGAGGCUCACAGGAGUAGCAAAAACCUGAACAACCGAAAAGGAAAGCGAAGGUGAGAGAAAAGCAGGAGAGAGCAGUAUCUCAGAAGUCAAGGGAAGGUACAGACAAGAAGAUCUAUAAACACUCACAUGUACAAAUAUUAGAAUAAAGUAUGCUUUAUUAUAUAGAGAACUUGUACUCUUUCUGUAAUCUGAAAAAAAUUAAAAGGCAACAAGCAGACAUGCUUGAACAUGCAAGAAUUCAUGGAAUAUAUAGCACCCAUGAACCCUUCUUAACUGAUUAAAAAUAAUCAAGAAAUGGAUCAAAAUAAGUAAUUUAGAAAUGGUGAUCUGGUAAAAGGUGCAAAUAUAUAAAUAACAAAAAAUCUAUGGUAAGAAGUAGUAAAAAUAAUGGCACAGUCAACCAUGUGGAAUCUGCUGAGAGGUCAAGUAUGAUCAUGCCUAACAGGUGUUCAUGGGUUGGCAUUAUAGAAGUUUCUGGUGACCUCUGCAAGAGCAACCUUGGAGAUGAGAUAUGGCUGGUGCAUAAAUCAGACCAAAGGAGACUGAAGAGAAUGCUCUGUUAACAAAAAGCAUGGCUGUGGAGAGAGGCAAGUUAGAGAGUGGCUGAAAGGCCCAGAGAAGUUGUCCACUUGGUUCCUUUUUUUCUUUUUUAAAUGGGAGAGACCAGAAUAUAGUGAAUGCUGAUAGAGUCCAGAAAAGAGGGUAGUAAUCCCAAGAAAUGGAGCUAUGUGAUAAAAUAAAAUUCUUGGUGAUGGGGGAUUCAAAAGUCAAGACAGAGUGACUAGACCUUUUUAGAAGAAAUACUUUCUCCAUGGUAAGAACAAAGAAGACAGAAGAUGUCUAGCUCAGGAAGUUGGAGGUUAAGAAAGUUUCAGUCUGAGAGUUUCCAUAGUCUCAGCAAAGUCUCUGCAUAGUCAUUCUCUUUUGGUGGGGGGACGGGGGGGGGGAAGAGAAGAUGGUGUAUCAGCACCAAGUCACGGCAGAGUGUUUUUUAUGAAUUGGUUGGGUCUUUUGGUAGGAUAUUGAGGAUAUAGUCAAAAUAUGUAUGUGUAAGUCAUUACCUUAGGUCCCAAAAAAUCUCAACUG